AUGUCACCCAAGCAGAAGUCGGCGCCAGCUGAGCCGAGGCCUAGUUCAAGUGUGAUCCUGGUAUCGCCCAAGAACGAGGUUCUCCUUCUUCAUCGCGUCAAGACCUCGACAUCGUUCGCAUCAGCGCAUGUGUUCCCUGGAGGGAACCUCUCACUUCAGGAUGGAAGGUGUCCUCCUCCUGGGGAUCUGAAAAGACAUGAGGAUGCCCUGUGGUACCGCCACGCCGCUAUUCGAGAGACGUUUGAAGAAAGCGGCAUCCUUCUCGCGAAAGAUCAGAACUCCGGAAAGAUGCUUGCUGUCCGGGACGAAGAGCGCCAGAAAGGUCGACGACAAAUUCACCAGCAGCAAAUUACUUUUGCGGAGUGGCUGAGGAGACAGAAUCCCGGCGCUGUACCCGACACAGAUAGUCUAGUCCCCUUCACACGAUGGAUCACCCCUACGAAUGUUCCCAAACGCUACACUACGCAGAUGUACCUCUACUUUUUACCGCUUCCUCUCGAGCCGGAAAAGUCGAUCUUGAAUGAAAUUCCUGCCGACGGCGAACGAGAGGAGAUCCCAGUUCCAACAAGCGAUGGAGGCGUUGAAAUCACCGAAGCGUUAUUCCUACCUGCGUCUGAAUGGCUCCGUAAAGCUGGACAAGGAGAGAUCAUCCUGUUCCCACCGCAGUUUCUCCUGCUAAGCCUGGUAUCACAAUUUCUGGACAAAGAGCCUCAGGCUUCCAUUUCCCCAGACACAAUGCAGCAACGGCGUAAACAACUCGUAGACUUUGUGUAUUCCGGCAACCCACCUUGGACGGAGAAGUGCAUCUCCCCAAAGGUCGGGAAGAUGACAGAGGACGGGCGAGCCGUCCUCAAACUUGACCAUCCCGGACCUGAACUCCAGGGAACUGGGCGCAAGGGCGAAUCUGACCGAGUCGUCAUGGUACGAUUCAAGGAUGGAAGCGCUCGUGACCUCAAUCUGGGUUACGUCCCCCGCAAGUGCAGCGCCACCAACCGCAUCAUCAAGGCCAACGACCACGCCUCCGUCCAGAUCUCCAUCGGCAAGGUUGACGAGAACGGCCGCUACACCGGCGAGAACCAGACCUACGCUCUGUGCGGCUUCAUCCGUGCCCGUGGCGAGAGCGAUGACUCCCUGAACCGUCUCACCCAGCGUGAUGGAUACAUCCGCAACGUGUGGACCGCCAGCCGUCAGCGCUAA